AUGAUCUACAGUUACAUCUUAAUCGUCCAUGCCGUAGCUGAACAUGGGAAACAACUACGUGAACAGGCCAAGAAAAUGAACGUCGCUUCACUCGGAGCGAACGCUGACCAUCAAAAGCAGAGUGCUGAAUGUCGUCUUGCUGAGGUUGCUAUGAUGACAGUUGGUCUAUGGUUUAUGGCCUGGACUCCUUAUUUGAUCUCCGCUUGGGCUGGUGUCUUUUCAAGUGGAACACGUCUCACUCCCCUAGCCACGAUUUGGGGUUCUGUAUUUGCUAAGGCAAAUUCUUGUUACAACCCCAUCGUGUAUGGUAUCAGUCAUCCAAGAUAUAAGACUGCCCUCUACCAGAGGUUCCCAUCUUUGGCUUGUGGAUCAGGUGAAUCCGGAAGUGACGUCAAAUCAGAAGCUUCUGCUACAACGACGAUGGAAGAAAAGCCAAAAAAUCCCGAAGCAUAACUUCUACUCACGUUCUUGGUCGUUGUAUUUUUCGUUUUUGUUUUGUUUUCUUUGAUUUCAAUAAUUUUAUACUGUUGUAUGAACACCCUUAAGACAAAGAAUAAAAUAUCCAGCAUUAUA